AUGUCAUUGACCAGUUCUCUGGAUGACGAUUCCGAAUACGAAGUCGAAGAUUUACUUGAUAUCCGAUACCAGAAUGACGAACCCGAAUAUCUUAUCAAAUGGAAAGGCCACUCGCACAAUGUUAAUUCUUGGGAGCCCCAUUUUAACUUGAACUGCCCUUUGCUGCUUCUCAAAUUCCAUCAAAAGCAUAAGCACCCAAGGAACACUGUCGUUGACAUUCCCGAAACCAAAGAGCCCUACGGCUUUGAUCGAGGCCUCGCUCCCGAUUUCAUAAGUAUGGUUACCAAAAGAGAUGACGAACUGUUCUUCCUCAUUAAAUG